UUCCGGAAGCGGCGGGGCGGAAGUGACGGCGCGCGCUGGUGGCGCUUCCUGUUUGCGGCCGCUGCCGUUUGUCCCGGCGGGAGCGGCGGGAGGGAACCGGCGGGAGCGACGGCCGCGCUGAGGAGUCACCGGCGGGACUGGAAAGAUUCGGCUGUUGUUACCGCAAGAACUCCUGAAACAUGGUGGAUUAUUAUGAAGUUCUGGGAGUGCAGAAGCAUGCUUCAGCAGAGGAUAUCAAAAAAGCGUACCGUAAAUUGGCACUAAAAUGGCACCCUGAUAAAAAUCCAGACAAUAAAGACGAGGCAGAACGGCAGUUUAAGCAAGUAGCUGAGGCCUACGAAGUCUUGUCAGAUGCUAAAAAACGCGACAUCUAUGACAGAUAUGGAAAAGAAGGCCUAAUAAAUGGAGGUGGAGGUGGAAAUCAUCAUGAUAAUCCAUUUGAUUUUGGAUUUACAUUCCGCAACCCAGAUGAUGUCUUCAGGGAGUUUUUUGGUGGAAGGGACCCCUUUGACUUCUUUGAAGACCCUUUUGAGGACUUCUUCGGUGGCAGGCGGGGUCCAAGGGGAAGCAGAAGCAGAGGUGGUGGAGGAUCUUUUUUCUCUGCCUUUGGUGGAUUCCCUGCUUUUGGGAGUGGUUUCUCUCCAUUUGACCCAGGUUUUACUUCGUUUGGCUCCCUGGGACAUGGAGGCCUUACUUCAUCAUUCUCCUCUACGUCAUUUGGUGGCAGUGGAAUGGGAAACUUCAAAUCAGUAUCAACCUCAACUAAAAUAGUUAAUGGCAGAAAAAUUACUACAAAGAGGAUUGUUGAGAAUGGACAAGAGAGAGUAGAAGUUGAAGAAGAUGGCCAGUUAAGGUCGCUAACAAUAAAUGGGGAGGCAGAUGAAGAAGCCUUUGCCGAGGAGUGCAGACGGAGAGGACAACACGCGCUGCCCUCCCAGCCCACCAACCUCCGCCUGCUGAAGCCCCACAAGUCUGGCAGCUCCCCCCGCUUUGCCUGCCAUUACAGUAGUGAUGAGGUGGAAGAACAAGACAAGAGCCGGGUUAUGAGCAGCUUCGAGACCCCUAUUUAUUUAUCAGGUGUGCACAAGCAUGUUGGUGAGAAAGGAUACAAAGAAGGCAGCAAGAGGAGGAAGCAGAAGCAGAGAGAGGAACUGAAGAAGAAGAAGUCAACCAAAGCGAGUUACUAAAAUGGACUUCUCUGCUAUGCCAAUACCUUUAAAAUAAUGACAACAACUUCAUGUACCCUCGAGCACAACUCUUUUUUGUGUAUAUUUUUUGAUUGUUCACACUGCUACCAAGGAAGUGACUCAUGUUUAAAACUGUACUAAAAUUGCACUACGUUAUUCCUUUUAGUUUCACGGAGUGGCUUUCUUGCCCGUUCAGGUUGGGGAAUUCAGACGAGGCAGGUCGUGGUUAGAUGUGUGUUAUGUUUGGAGAUUGGAAAGAGUUACAGAAUUUCUUACCUCUUCCUUCCCUGGGACUAAGGCAACUCUAGUCUAGUGUUUGUUACUUGUCUUGUAGGAUAUAAAAGGCAAAUGCCUGCUUGUUGGUCACUGGCAUCCAAUCAGGCCCGCUGAAAGAAGAGUCCUGUUCACCCAUGUUGUUGGGAGUGGGACUGAGACAUGAGCUCUUAUAGGGUAAUUUAUGCAAGAUUAAUAAGUGACUUUUAUGGUUGGGUUUUUGGUUUUGUUUUUUUUUUUUUUCCCCAGGCUGGGCAGUUCUGUCCCUAUUAAAAUGUUCCCUCAGAUUAAAUUGUAUCUUGAAGUUAUAUCUUCUGAUUUUAAGAAUGGUCUCCUGUAAGCACUCCUACUGAUUUCUUUAGGCUUAGUUGACUCCUGAGUGAAAUCAUUCCUUAUUUUAAAAGUUCAUUUUCAGAACCUAGAGACAAAUGAUCUAAGUGCUACUUUAAAACUGCUUUUUGUUUCUCCUGAGUAGGUUUUAGAUAACAAACAUUUUUUCAGCAUCCGUUUUAGAUUUUAUCAACUUGUUUCUGCAAAGAACUUAUACCUUUCUGUAUGAAAGCAUUUUGUAUCAGUUUUAUUGCAGGACUAUUUUUUUUUUUUAGCUUGAAAAGAUAUCUUAGAUUUAAAAGAAAUACAUAUUUCCUGGCAAGAUGACUUCCUUGCUUCCCAUACUUGUCUCAUGUGCAUGACACAUUGCUUCUCUUAACCUUUUAGUGUGUACAGAGCCCCUCUGUUGUUGCCUUAAGCAUUUACCUGCAUGUUUCUUGUCAGUGUGUUGUCUCCUUUUUUUAACCUCCAGGUAGGAGUUAGCAGCUUAUGGUUUUGUUUUGUUUCUUUUGUCUUCCUCUUGCCAAUAUGUUGUUGAUGUAACAGCCUUAAACCUGGCAAUAUUGAAAGUCCACAGUUACUGGAGAAACUCACUCAUCCUAACGUUUCAAAGAUGCAGGAAUGCACACAAUGGUCUAAGAGAGGAGCUAAACAGAAAAGCCAAAGUCUGCAUUCUAGCAUGGUUUGAUAUAACAGAUUCUGGUGUCUCUGCUAUCUGAAUGGUUUAGCUUCAAUUACCCAAUGUAACCCUCUGCAGGCACCAUAUAACACACAAUAACCAUUUGUGAACUCUCUUAGGGUCUGUAAAUUAUGGUUAAAUUAAAUAAGGACUGAGUACCAGUUUUCUGUCACUUAA